UUGACCCAAAAGCAAGCAUUGGAUGAAUUGUUUUCUAAUACAACUUGGUCAACAACUAAGUUGAAGGAUGCAGCUGAUAUCGAAGUGUUGAAACAUUGGGAUGGUGCCAACACAAACAUCUAUGUUACCCUUGUCAUAUUCAUAGUGCUUAAGUUUCUCAUGACUGCAGUUGCCGUUUCCCUUCCAAUCCCUGCUGGAGUAUUCUUCCCAGUUUUCCUCAUUGGUGCAGCAUUUGGCCGUUUAGUAGGUGAAGCUAUGGCAACCUGGUUCCCUAAUGGAAUAAGAGAUGGAGAUAUUGUGAGCCCUGUAGUACCAGGAGGAUAUGCUGUCGUGGGUGCCGCAGCCAUGGCAGGCGCUGUAACACACACCAUUUCUACUUCUGUCAUUGUCUUUGAACUAACAGGACAGAUUGUACACAUUCUACCUGUUAUGAUUGCAGUACUCAUUGCCAAUGCCAUUGCUCAGUGGUUGCAGCCUUCAUUUUACGAUAGCAUCAUACAAAUCAAGUCUUUACCUUAUCUACCAGACUUAACAACAACAGGAAACGAUGAAUCCCGUAAAGAAGGUCCUGCUGUUCUUGAAGUAGAGGCACAAGUUUCCCUCCCGAAGAAUGAGUCAAACAACAAGCUGAAUAAGUCCUCCAUACUUGAAAAAGUUCCUCAGCGUCUGCACAAACUGUUCGGUAGUGGAACAAAUAUGAGUGAUAUUGAGAGGGUUCCAGAGAACAGAGAUGAUUCACAAACAGCUGAACAGCAAGCCCAAUGGGAGCGUGAGAUCCUACAAAUGCCGAUCGACUUUAACAGCUGUAAGAUUGACCCUGCACCCUUCCAGUUGGUUGAGAGAACUUCUUUACUCAAGGUUCACAAACUGUUCGCUCUUCUGAAUUUAUCUCAUGCUUAUGUCACAACAUUGGGUCGACUGGCUGGGCUCGUCUCGCUCAAAGAGGUUCGACAAGCGAUCGAGGGAGAAAAUUACUUUGAUUCAACAGACGUCAAUACCUCGUCACCAGACCCUCUCGAAUUCAACGACUUAUCUCUUGAGACAAGGCAGGAUGUAAUGCUGGAGUCCAAGCCAUCAAGAUCUCCCAAUAAAGUACCUCAUGAGCAAUCACCCAAGCUAUAGGUGCCAAUAACCUCAUGGUUAAUACAUUUAAGAUCAUUAUAUUUUCUAAUGAGUCUUUUGGCGUUUCAAGCCAUUUAUUAUUCCCUUACCGAUAGUGCGGGAGGUAAGGCUGGAUUUCAUUCUAGCAAACAAUUGUAAUGCCACUACAAGCGAUAGGAUUUUUUUCGUAUUCAACUCUAAUCUUCGUAACGAGGAACGUGUUAUUUACUUUGCAACCUGAUAACUAGACGAAAUGGAGAGCCAAUAGAAAAGAAAUGAAAAAGAAAGAAAAGAAAAAAGAAAAGAAAAGGAGAAGAAAAAUAUAUAAAAAGAAAAGCGUAGAAAGUGAAUUUCAAGCUGUUUUAUAUUGUAGAUAUCAUUUUCAUAUAAGCUGAAUUAUUCAAAGUAUAUCCUGGUGUUGGGGGUCAUCUUCUUAAGUUGCAAAAUCAGUGAAAUUUCGUUUUGAGGCAGGGUUUUCUAUUUCGUCAGUGAAUUUUGAUGUAGAUCCAUUAUAAUAAUCUGUCUGAAGCAGGUCUAGACAAGAGUAAUUUAGGGUAGGGAGGAGGUUGUUGUGCUCUUAACGACUCUAGGGGAGGGGAAGGUAAGGGGAAGAUGACUUCUAUUACAAGGUCAUAACGGAGUGUCUUUAUGGCCCGGUAGAUCUGCGCUCUCCUACUCAAAAUUGUGGAUAGCAUAGAUAGCAUAUAUAUUUUAUAGUUUAACAAAAUUUAUUACUUUGUAUAUAAAAAAAGAUAUAUAACCUAAAAUGAACUUAAUAAUACAUUACAGCCGAACCUUUGUAAUUGACUGACAUCGAAGUAAAGGAACAGUGUUCGUAUUAUAGAGGUCUGUUUAUAGCUUCAAAGGUCAAACCCAUCUAAUACGACCAUCGAAGUAAAGGAACAGUGUUCGUAUUAUAGAGGUCUGUUUAUAGCUUCAAAAGUCAAACCCCUCUAAUACAACCACCGAAGUAACGGAACAGUGUUCGUAUUAUAGAGGUCUGUUUAUAGCUUCAAAAGUCAAGCCCUUCUAAUACGACCACCGAAGUAACGGAACAAUGUUCGUAUUAUAGAGGUCUGUUUAUAGCUUCAAAAGUCAAGCCCUUCUAAUACGACCACCGAAGUAACGGAACAAUGUUCGUAUUAUAGAGGUCUGAUUAUAGCUUYAAAAGUCAAGCCCUUCUAAUACGACCACUGAAGUAACGGAACAGUGUUCGUAUUAUAGAGGUAUGUUUAUAGCUUCAAAAGUCAAGCCCUUCUAAUACGACCACCUAAGUAAAGGAACAGUGUUCGUAUUAUAGAGGUCUGUUUAUAGCUUCAAAAGUCAAGCCCUUCUAAUACGACCACCAAAGUAACGGAACAGKGUUCGUAUUAUAGAGGUCUGUUUAUAACUUCAAAAGUCAAACCCCUGUAAUACGACCCCUGAAGUAACGGAACAAUGUUCGUAUUAUAGAGGUAUGUUCAUGAUCGGGUGCAGUCGAGACGAGUAAUCGGUGUUCGUAUUUAGAGGUUCCUUUUUUCCUCAACCUUCGAACAACUAUAAAACGAAGGAGAAUGAUUUGAGUUGGUAGCGAAGAGGUUGUGCAUGCGAUCUGUAAUGUGUGCUUAUACCAUUAGUAUUCAUGAUCAACCCGAUUAAAAGAGACAUUUCAGAAUUCCACUUUUUAACUAUCUCACUUUCUAUCUAAAAGUUAGAAAACAGAAUAAUAGAAGAUACUUAACUGACUGAAAUAAACUUUUUUUUGAACAAAGUAAGCUAAACUUCAAUUUAAAAUGAUAGUUAUUAUGAGGGCGUUAAUUUAAACAAGUCUCAUAAAAGGACGAUUAAUCCUUCUUUUCGAUUGCGACAAAAGACGGACUUGGAAACAGAGUCGGGAAGCAGUUCAUACAUAUAAUCGCAAGUGGAAACUGCUCGUCAUAAGCGUAAUCGCAAGUCAAGCAUGCGCAAAAGGAAGUCUUCCAAUCCGACGCGCUUCCGACUCCGACGCGCUUCCGACUCCAUUUUCCGACUCCGUCGCGAUUGCAAACCAAGGCUUAAAUGUAACCAUGUUAACUACCCAAUUUUAAGCGCGAAAACCAAGUUACAGCAGCAUUUGCGGGGUUUAAAGAUCUUUUUUUCCUUAUUUAACUUCGAUUAAAUUUCCUUUCAAUCCUUUAAUCUUCUUAUUCCGACAAACAGCUGGGACAAGAAGUGAAGAUUCCACCAAAAAAGGGUCUGGGUAAAAUAAACCAAUGUAUUUAUUAUUAUAUUGUUUUCAAAUUUGCUCUGAUGUAUUGCAUUAAAUAUUUCCAUUUUCUAAAAGA